AUGGGUGAAAAGACCUUCAUACCACCUACUGGAUUGCACAAUGAUUUACGAAAGAACUCGCUUACCACUGCUAUUCCUGGAAGUUCACCUCCCACUCAACAGCCUCGCUGGGCCUCGACAUCUAAGAUCACUUCGGAAGGUUCAACGAGCACAACGCAUAGCCCAGCAUCCACCUUGUCUCGUGCUUCAACGCUUGCUCAUCCCAGCUCAAGUGGUGUAGGGCCUAUCAACAUUGCUCCUUCACGUCCCUCAGUUCAACAAUGGCAUGCAAUGGCCACUGCUGCAACAGCGAGUGGAUCUUCUCCUUCUACAUCCUCCACGACUCCCAACUCUGGCACAGCCAUACCUGCAGUUGGAUCUAUUCCACGCUCAACACCUGCUGGACCUCUUGGUGUCGGACAGUCUCCCAACAAGUCAGCCUGGAAAUCGAGUGACCAAACCUCACCGCCAAUUCCCAUACAGACGAAGCCAUCUGGACCAGGCAGAGGCCGUUCAGAUAGCUCAGCAGCCGGUGUCAGCCCUCCUGUCGCAUUUGGUACUACUCCUCGUCCUAGCCCCCCACUAAAGACUUCUAUGUCAUCUUCUGAUAUUUUUUCUACUGUGACAGAUGCUCCUAACCUCAAGUCGACCCCCUCUAUUUCUUCUUUCCCGAAGCCUCCUGUUCCUGAAUUUCCACCUAUGGGAUCUCGUUCCGCGUCGCCAUCUAAACUUUCUUUCAUUCCUCCUAAAUCAUCGCCUGCUCCCGCCAAAGUCACGUCAGCUCAGUCAAAAUCCUACCACCCCGAAGCACAGCAACCCUCCCCUGAAUCAGAAACUGCACCCUCUCGACGAGAAACCAAAUCUAAGUCCGAGGGAAGGCGUCGACCCAAGGACAAAGGAAAAGAACGAGAGGAGGAAGCGCGAAAACGUGAACAAGAGGAGGAAGAACGACGAAGGCUUGAAAAGGAAGCAGAGGAACAAAGAAAACGCGAAGAAGAGGAAAAGGAACGACAGAGACGCGAGGAAGAAGAAAAGGAGCAAAUAAGGCGUGAAGAAGAAGAAAAGGAACGAGCAAGAAAGGAGCAGGAGGAAAGAGAUCCCAUAGGUGGAAAUUCAGGAACAGGAGGCUUCGGGAAAGAAGAAAUAGAGGGGGUCGACUUGAGGUUAGGAGCAUCUGUCACAGUAGAAAAAAUAUCAGAAGAUGACAUAGAAGUCUUUAGUGGGGGGCUAGGACGAGGAGUAGUACCAAAUGCGACAGGAGGGCUGACACCGGCUGCUGAGCUAUCUGAACGGCCUCUGCCUGGUCCAGAUGGCUUCGUCUGUAUGGGAAUUGGCGGUGAGGUUUGGUCACUCGAUUUCCAGGCUGACUUGUUGGGAGACUGUCCGACACCAAGAGGUCCAGCAGGUGUUGAGCGUGGAAUAGAUCCAACUGCAGGUAUGGCUGUGCCAGAGUUGGGAGUCGUGGAGGAUGGACGUGAAGGAGCAAUGUUGAUAGGCCCUACACCACUUGAGCUGGGAUGA